GCAAAUGCCGUCCAGGUGAGGGGCUUCAUUGCCCCAACCGUCUCACGACGAGCCGACUUUGUUCAGGAGCUCUACCUCAAGGAGCUCAAGGCCUACAAGACCCCCGCCGUCAAGGAGUCCGAUGCUGAGGGCCAGGUCCAGGUCUUCUCCAUGCCCAAGACCCCUGCCUCUCCCGAGGAGGCCAACCUUGCCGACAACCUCAAGGCUUACGAGUCCAUGGCCGUUGAGAUCGAGGGCCAGGAUGCUUCCGCCCAGUCUGCCACCGGUGUUGCUCAGCUGCCUGACUGGCUCGAGGCCGAGGAGGAGGAGGAGCCCCACCACUAA